AUGAUUGAACAUCCAUUAAUGGGUAUAUGGAAUGUAAAAACAAUAAAUCUUGGUACACAAAUUAUUAUUCAUAUUCAAAGAAAAAUUCAAGAUCAACAAAAAUUUCUUUUAUUACAUCAAAUAGAACAAGCCAGUAUUUUCGAACAUUAUGUACAAAAAAAUCAUAUUGAUUUAUGUUAUCAAUCAGCUCUUGUUGGUCCAUUAGCAAAUACAUUACAAGAAUACAAUGACUUGUUAACAUCAACACUGGUAUCUUCUGAAUCUUCAAUAAACGACGAUUUACAUAGUUUAAUAUUAAAACGAGAUUCUUUACCAAUUGUUUAUUCAUCUGUAAGACGUCCAAAUGAUUUACGAGAUUUAAUUCAAUCUAUGUUAGAUAAAGAUAUGAUUCAAUCGUUAAAUAAUACAGAUAUUUAUGAUUUAUUUUUGAAUUUUACACAUGAUCUUGAACAGUAUUUAUCGCACACAUCCAUAUUUUGUACUACAAUAUUAAUGGUGUGGGUUUCAGUCUCUUUGUCACAACCACACCCACACCCUGAGGCUUAG